UUUUUGUUUGUGCUCAUUCGGUUAUCGUCAACACCAAAAUAUUCUACUGAAUAGUGUGAAAAAACAAACACAUACCAUAUAUAUAAAAAAACAAGGUGGUGGUGGUGGUGGUGGGUGCUCUUUUUGAAACUGUUGGGGGCCAAAACCAAAAAGCCAUAGCCAUAGCCAUGUCCAGGGCUCGAGUCUACGCAGACAUCAAUGUUCAUCGCCCUAGAGAUUACUGGGACUACGAGUCUCUCACCGUUCAAUGGGGUGAACAAGAUGACUAUGAGGUUGUUCGGAAAAUUGGAAGGGGAAAAUACAGUGAAGUGUUUGAGGGUAUAAAUGUUACCAACAAUGAGAAAUGCGUUAUCAAGAUCCUUAAACCUGUCAAGAAAAAGAAGAUAAAGAGGGAGAUUAAAAUCCUACAGAAUCUUUGUGGAGGCCCAAAUAUUGUGAAGCUGCUUGAUAUUGUUAGAGAUCAGCAUUCAAAGACUCCUAGCUUGAUCUUUGAAUGUGUGAACAGUACAGAUUUCAAAGUUCUGUACCCCACGCUGACUGAUUAUGACAUACGUUAUUAUAUAUACGAGCUUCUCAAGGCAUUGGAUUAUUGCCAUUCGCAAGGCAUUAUGCAUCGAGAUGUCAAGCCUCACAAUGUAAUGAUUGACCAUGAGUUGCGAAAACUUCGCUUGAUUGAUUGGGGUCUUGCUGAAUUCUACCAUCCUAGUAAAGAAUACAAUGUUCGAGUAGCUUCAAGGUAUUUUAAGGGGCCUGAACUACUUGUUGACUUACAAGACUAUGACUAUUCAUUGGACAUGUGGAGCCUGGGCUGUAUGUUUGCAGGAAUGAUUUUUCGGAAGGAGCCAUUCUUUUAUGGUCAUGACAAUCAUGACCAGCUUGUCAAAAUUGCCAAGGUUCUUGGGACAGAUGAGUUGAAUGCGUAUCUUAACAAAUAUCAACUAGUGCUUGAUGCACAGCUUGAUGCUCUUGUUGGGAGGCACAGCAGGAAGCCAUGGUCCAGGUUUAUUAAUACAGAUAAUCAGCAUCUAGUCUCCCCAGAGGCCAUUGAUUUCCUAGAUAAGCUCCUUCGGUAUGAUCACCAAGAUAGGCUUACAGCGAAAGAAGCAAUGGCUCAUCCAUAUUUCCUCCAGGUGAGAAGUGCAGAGAACAGCAGGAUGCGGACACAGUAAUUGUAGCCUCAUAUUGAGUUCCUUUUUAAGCAGACUCGUAUUCCAUUCUGGCCAUUUGUAUGUGUUUUAGCUCGUGUAUGGUUUAUAACAUGACAAAUACCUCACUAGAUUAGGUGAUUGGUCAGGCACAGAUAUCUUGUUUGCUGGUAUUCUUUAACUUGAACUUUUGACUGUAUAUUGUACUCUUAGCUCAUAAUUUUUUGUAUGAAGUUUCCACGACUUUGGAUA